AUGACAGACCAGGACUCAUCUUCGACAGAAACUACUCAGACCGACGGCGACAGCCCGGACAGUUCUGACAAACCCCACGAUAAGCCCAGGCCUAAGCCUGUCAACGGCGCCGCCCUACACAUUCCAAUACCGCCGCCAGAGACCGGAGCGUACGAGAAGCAGCCCGGUAACACCGUUGUUUCCCUUCAGCGGCUCGCUUCCGAGGCCAACCAUAUCAAACAAGCAUCCAUGACUUCCUCCAACAGCGGAUCUACCGCUUCGUCACCUACCGUGUCAGAGUCAGACUGGGACAGCGCUCCGUCUACUCGCGCGAACAGCCGCGCGCCCAGUAGGGCGCCCAGCAUGUCUGCUGGCGCUGAUGCAAAGUCACAGCUGACACCAAAGCCCAACAAAGUCGCCAAUGGCACAGCCAAAGCCACCUCCACCCCCACCAACGGGUCAGGUGCCACGCUGCGUGCAAAGGCACCCUCAGUCCACUCUCAAGACGGCGGAGGGACCAAAUUUACGCUUAAGGACCUGCUUGCUAAUGGUCCCAAGCUCAACCGCAAAUCCUCCCAGCGCUCGACGGGAGGUAGCAGCCGCAAAUCUGAUGGAGACAGUGAUGCGGGUGGACGGCAGGGCCCGCGGUCAACAGCUGGCGAGAGUACUGCCAGCCUGUCGCAAAAGUAUGGCGUCUGCCAGAAAAUUGCAAUCGGCAAAGGCGCCACCUCCGUCGUCCGCCUCGCACACAAAUGGGACAGGAGUGAGGAGAAGCUAUAUGCCGUCAAGGAGUUCCGAAAGCGUCGCAAGAACGAGACGGAGAAGGAGUACAUCAAAAAGCUCACAGCCGAGUUUUGUAUAUCGUCAACGUUGCACCACGUCAAUAUUGUGGAGACCGUCGACCUUGUCCAGGAUGAGAGCCAGCACUGGUGCGAGGUGAUGGAAUUCUGUCCUGGUGGUGAUCUGUACGCUGCCAUCAAAAAGGGUGGGAUGUCGCCUAGCGAGGUCGAGUGCUGUUUCAAGCAAAUAUUGAGCGGCGUGUCGUAUCUACACAGUCAAGGCGUGGCCCACAGGGACCUCAAGCCUGAGAAUCUCUUCUUCGAUACGAAAGGGCACCUCAAGAUUGGUGACUACGGCGCCUCGACGGUGUACCGUCUCCCGUGGGAAGCUACCAUUCAUAUGUCUACUGGAUUAUGUGGAAGUGAGCCAUACAUUGCGCCGGAACAGUUCCUAGGCAAACCCUACGAUGCUCGGCUCGUUGAUAUCUGGGCUUGUGGGGUGGUGUACUACUGCCUUCACUUCCAAGAGUUACCUUGGCGGGCGGCCCAGCAGAGCGAUGCGAUGUACUCCGCAUAUGCUUCUGCGUGUACGGCUCCUACCGUGUUCCCUUCAACGAUCAAUAACCUCUCUCCCCGAGCUUGUCGAAGCGUGAUCCGGAUGAUGUUGGAGCCGAAUCCCAAGCUGAGGGCGCCGAUUGAGGAGAUCAUGAAGCAGACCUGGGUGCGAGAAAUCGAGGUAUGCCAUACGGUGGAGAAGCCGAAGCAUGUCCAUGUGCAUGCUCGGGCCUUGGCGCAAGCGCAGCUGAGGGAAGUUGGUUGA